CGUCCAUACAGGAAGGAUAUAUGAACCUAUUUGCACAACUUCUCUUCAGUUCUCUUUUAAACUCCUUGAUGCUCACUGCGGUGAAAUGCCUGAAGCUGAGGUGUUAUACUCUGAUGUGAAGUUCAAAAAACCAACGGAUAAAGCCAUCGGGACAGCUUCUCCCUCGGAGGAAACCACAUAUGCUGAGGUGAAGAUUGUAAAGAGUCCACAGCCGUCCUCAGAGCUGCCUGGUUCUCAAGCUGCGUCACAUGGACGACCAGGGGUCACAUCGGAGAGAGUGGCCGUGGUGGUUCUGUCCGUACUUUUGGUAAUCGCUGCUGCUGCUCUUGGAUAUACCACUUAUCAAAACAUGAAAACCACAGAACGUCUUGUGAGGCAGAAAGCCGAGUACGAGGCUCUGAAAAAAAACUGCACGGGUAAGCUCAACAAAGGUUCAGAAAAAAAAGUUGAAGUUAAACCGUGCUUCCCACAGCCACAGCCAACAUGCCCAGGAAGUGGAUCAUGUUGGAAAUGUAAAGACGGCUGGGAGCAGCAUGGAGAGAAGUGUUAUUUCUUCUCCACCAAAAAAUCAACAUGGAAUGAGAGAGAAGAUGAAUGCAGACAACACGGAGGAGGAGACCUGGUGAAGAUAGACAGCACAGAGGAGCAGACAUUCCUGGACAUGAGACUGAGAGACGUAAUGGCGGAUGCUGAGGACAAAUUCUGGAUCGGACUGACCGACUCAAAGGAAGAGGGCACUUGGUUGUGGGCGGACGGAUCUCCACUGAACUCAAGUUUGGUUUUCUGGAGCAACGGCGAGCCGGACAACUGGGACGGAGAUAACGCUGAUGGGGAGGACUGUGUGAGGAUGGGGGAGAAAGGAGGAGCUGUAGAACACAAGAGCUGGUUCGAUAAAUAUUGUGAAAUCCCUCAUAGAUAUAUUUGUGAGAAACCAGCAGAAACAGGAGAAAUGAAGUGCACCUGAAGUACUUCAGCUGAAGUCUCACUCAGCUUUUUCAACAUAUCAGUCGGGAACAUCGCUAUGAUGAACUAUUUUUAUCAGCUGAGCAAUGUUGGUGGAUUAAAAUCAGUAAAAUAUUCUUAAAAUAUUUAAAGUGGCCCGGGUUAGAAUCUCUCUCUCUCCCUGAUUUCUGACUCUAUCCACUGUCCUAUCUCUUAUUAAAGGCAUUAAAAGAUAUCGCUUUGCACCGGGCUCGGGAUAGGGGGGGAGGCUGUGAAUAUCAGUGUGAUGUUGUUAAAGAAUGUUUUAAAAAAAUGUAUAUGUUACUAUAAUGAACAUUAUGUUGUGUUCUACAGUGAAACCC